AUGGCCAAGCCCGUGAAGGACGCGCGGAAGGCGCGCCGCCAGCAGGAGCGCAGCGAGAAGAAGCAGAAGAAGCAGAUGCGCCAGGUCGCACACAAGGCGCCGGCCAAGCGCCGCCAUGAGGACGCGCAUCCGAAGCGCCGCCACGAGGAGGCGCCGGUGGCCAAGCGACCGAAAGCCGGCAACUUUCAAAACAAGUUCAUGGAGAUGAUCCAGGCCCAGGCCGCCGAAGGCGCCAUUAGCUUGGACUCGGCCAAGGUGCUCAAGAAGCCGCAGUCCAAGACCGAGAUCUCCGAGGAAGACAUUGCGCUCAAGCGUCUCGAGAAGAGCCUCGGCCUGACCAAGACCACGGGCAAGGCAAAGCUCAACAAGGAGUUUGAGAAGGACGGUCUUGGCGCCGACUUUGGUGAUUUCCUCAUGGGUCUCGACGACCUCUCUGCACGCAUCACGGGCAAGAAGCCGACGCCUACCGCCGACGAUGAUGCCGAUAGUAUCUCGGACGAGGGUGAUGCCAGCAUGGACGAGGACGAGGCCAUGGACGACGACGAGGAUGACGACGAAGAAGACGACUAUGAAGGCAUGGACGAAGAGACGCGUCGUGAGAUGGAGCUUCUGGCGGAAGAAGAUGCGGCUUUCCUCCAAGAAAUGGACCAGCUCCCGACGGACGAUGAAGAGGACGACGACGACGACCUCGCGCAGUUCGAAUCGGACCUCUCGGAAGACGAGGGCGAUGAUGAGGUCGCGGCCAACACGGCGCGCAACCAACACCUCUCUGCUAGCGACGACGACGACGACGUCGACUCGGACGAAGCCGACAAGCUCGACGAAGAAGUCGAAGACGACGAGGAUAGCCAAGAAGAUACAAAGGAAGACAGCGAGGACGAGGCCAAGAGCGAGGAUAACGCUGAGAAGACACCAGUCGUUGUCGAAGAAGACAUUUACGGCCGCCCCAAGGUCGCGGCGCCAGCCAUCUCGGCGACACGUUACGUGCCGCCGCACCUGCGCCGCGCCGCGACGACAGACGAGCAGCAGUUGCGCGAAGCUCGUCGCCGCAUCAACGGCCAGCUCAACCGUCUCUCGGAGAGCAACAUGGAACCGAUUUGCAUGGAGUUUGAGAGCAUCUACCGCUCCUUUGUGCGUGCGGACGUCAACGCGAUCUUGCUCGAGGCGCUCCUGGCGCUCUGCUGCCACGAGACCCAAGUGAUGACGCAGCUCAUCAACAUUAGCGGUGCCCUCCUCGGCGCGCUCUUCCAUUCGGUCGGCACCGAGAUUGUUGGCUUCUUCGUUGAACACUUCGUCCAAAAGUUUGAGCAGGCGGUCGUGACGCUCCGCGCGUCGUCGUCCGACGACGAAGACGGCGAGACGCGGUCCAAGGAGGCGACGAACCUCCUCUUGAUGAUCACGACGCUCUACAUGUUUGACACGGUGCACUGCGGCAUGAUCUACGACAUCUUCCGCUUCCUCGUCGACUCGUUCACGGGUGUCGACAUCGAACUCAUUCACGCGCUUCUCCAAGCGUGUGGCCCGUCGCUCCGCGCCGACGACGCAAGCGCGCUCACCGAUAUGAUUGCGACCGUCCAGACCAAGGCCAGCCAGCACGAGGAGCAGCGCGUCCGCUUCCUCCUCGACUUGAUUUACAACCUCAAGAAGGCCACCAAGAAGACCAAGUCGAGCGCGUUCUCCAACGACCGCGUGCAGCAGCUGCGCAAAUGGAUUGGCCGCGUCAAGACGCGCGUCGGUCAUGCCAACACGCGCUCCGCGUCUCGUUCUCGGAGCUGCUUCACGCCGACGCCCAAGGCCGGUGGUGGAUCAUUGGUGGCACGUGGGUGCCUCCCGUACAGUCAUGCGGCAAGUGCGGCUGGCGGCAAGGACGCCCAGCAGAACGCGUUGCUCAAGCUCGCGGAGAAGCAGCGCAUGAACACGGAUGUGCGCCGGUCGAUCUUUUGCGCCAUCAUGGGCGCGUCCGACUGCAUCGAAGCGUACGAAGGCGUGCUCAAGCUCGGCCUCAAGGACAAGCAAGAGCGCGAGAUCAUCCGCGUCCUCAUGCACUGCUGCGGGAACGAAGCCAAGUACAACCCGUACUAUGCGCUCCUCGCCGAGAAGUUUGCGACCGCCGACCCGCGCUACAAGUUUACGCUGCAGCUCGCGUACUGGGACGUCUUCAAGCAGCUGGACGAGUGGAAGCCGCGCAAGGUCUACAACAUGGCGUGCUUGCUCGCCAAGCUUCUCGAGACGGGCGCCAUGACCCUCGCCGUCCUCAAGGUCCUGGACUUUACCGACCUCAGCGACGCCACCGUGCUCUUCCUCCGCGUCGCUUUCGAGCGGAUCUUGAGCAUCGCCGACGACUCGGCGCUCAUCGGUGUCUUCGAGCGCAUUGCACAGCAAAAGUCCAAGAUGGAAGCGACGCGGGAUGGCGUCGCCGUCUUCUUCCACCAGCACCUCCUGCCGGCGCUCAAGACGCUGGAGGCCAAGAAGAAGGCCAAGAUGGUCACGCGCAUGCUCGACGCCAUGGGCAAGCACUAG